AUGCGUUUCUCCAUUGUUUUCACCACCCUCUCGGCCAUCGCCUUGGCCCAGGCCCAGAGCUCCUCCAGCGAGACUGUCGUGGAGAACCCUGCUACCCAGUACCUCACCCAGACCAACUCCCUGGGCGUCGUCACCGGCCAGCCUCAGGCUGUCACAACCCAGGCCUCUGUCAUCACCAGCCAGCCCGCCGUCGUGACCUCGCAGCAACCCGCCGCCUCUAUCCCGGCCGGUCUGACCUCGCCCGUCGCCGGUAUCAACACCAGCAGCACUUUGUCCACUGCUACUCGCAGUGGCACCGGCUCCUCUAAGGCCACUGGCACUGCCACUACCUCCUCCUCGGACUCUUCGUCCACCUCUGACUCGAGCUCCAGCAGCGCCAGUGCUAGCUCAAGCUCUGUCUCCACCGGUGGUGCUGCCCUCGCCACCGCCGGCCCUGUCGGUCUCGGCAUGGUUGCCGGUGCUGCUCUUGUUGCUUUCCUGUAA